AUGCGACGUCGUCUUUGGUGGGAGAUUUUCAUCCAUGACAUUCGAAUGGCAGAGGAUGACAAGUCAGAGCCACAAAUCUUGGAAUCACAAUUUUACAACCAGUUUCCAUCGAAUGUGAACGAUUCAGAUCUUGACCCAAAUAUGAGUUAUAUCCCUAAAAGCCAUCCGGGAAAGAGCGACAUGCUGUUCAGUCUGGUAAGGCUAGAAGUCAAUUGUCUUACGCGCCAGAUAUCUUUUUCUGAUCACUUCAACGAAAUAAACUCUUAUGCAACCAUGUCGACCUUGGAGAAGUGUGGAGCGAUUGAUCGAUUUGAGGAAAGAAUAGAACGAGAAAUCCUCUCGCACUGUGACAUGUCAAUACCUUUUGAUUUCUUCAUAGCAGAGUCCUGUCGUUUGAUCCUUGCCAAUCUCAAGCUCACCGUGACCAAGCCUCGAGAUAGGAAAAACCAACAAGUGCUUAUUGAGGACAACUUCCGUCACAAUUGCGUUGAAAUUCUUAGGCGAGCUAAAGCGAUGCGUCUACAUGAACGGGCCUAUGUAUGGCUUUGGCUUGUUCAGAGCUACAUUGAAUGGGAUGCUUUGACAUACCUCUUUAUCAGCUUGUCUCUUUCUCCAUUGGGACACACAGCAGAUGCAUCAUUCGCGAUUGCUGAAGAUAUUUAUCAGUAUUGGAACGCGAUGAUUGACUUCCAGGGAUUUCCUCGCUGGAACCGUAUUAAGGACUUUCAUGCCAAAGCUUUAGCCACAAGACAGAUGGUUCUAGCCAGCCCUGGCAUGUUUGGGAUAUUGUCAACUGGAACAGACCAGCAUGAAGACUGCGAACAAGUGGCGGUGGAGAUUCACGGACCGACUGAACCAAGCCCUAUUCAGUCGGGGUUAACUAGCCCUACUCGUUCUCCGGCAUUGUGUGUAUCUCAGUCAGCUGGGCAACCGGAGUCGUCGAUGGUGCCUGAACAGCGUUUCGCUCAGACGCAUAAAUUCCAAAACACACAACCAGCUGGAGAGAUCUUGGAUAUUCCUAGCUCCGGUACGUCUUGUCAGUGGAGCGCGGCUCUGUUUGAGAGCUACUUUGAAGUCUUAGACUCGGAGCAGGAGGGGGCUAUCUCACGGUUCUGA